CGCCCGAGUGGCCCCCCCGCAACGGCAGCGCAGGCAGAGCCUGGGGGGGCCCCCUACAGAGCGGAGCCCCCGCCACCACCAACAGCACCGACCCAUUGGGACCGCAGCUGGAGCCGCCCAGGGGGGGCCCGGCCACCGCCGACCCUACGUUGGGGUGCAUGGGGUGCAGCGGAGAGGGGGCCCCCAGCUCCGUGCCCCCCAUGCCCGAUGCAGCCCGGGACCCCCAGCUCGGCGUCACUGCGCCCAGCGAUGGCGAUGGCGGCGCGGUGGCCCUGGGCAGCCCCGAGGAUGUCGGCAGUGGCGAGCAGCCCACCAGGGCCGGCGUUGGGCCCACGGAGGGGCUGACACCGGGCCCCCCCGGCCUCCCCAGCCCCAGCCUUGGCCUCUCCAGCUCUGGGCCCAACCUUGACCUUCCCAACCCCAGCCUCGGCCUCCCCAGCCCCAGGCCCACCCCUGACCGUCCCAUUCCCAACCCCAACCCCGACCUUGAUCUUCCCAACCCCAACCCCAGCCCCGGUAUUCCCACUCCCAACCUCGGUCUUCCCAACCCCAACGUCGCCCUCUCUAGCCCCAGCCCGGGCCCCGGCACCGAACCUGACCUUCUUCCCGUGGCCGAAGACUCGGAGGUGUCCGUGGAGCUCCCCCAGCCUUCCUCCAGCCCGGCCCCGGCGCAGAGGGCCCGCGGCCGCACGGACCGCACGUGGUUGGGCGCUCCGGAGUCCAUCACUGCUGCCCCGGGCACAGCGGAGCCGCCCGAGAUCAUCGACGUUGACUACUACGAUGUGUUCGAUGGCGGCGAAGGGCCCGGGGGCGGCCGUGGGGCGGGCGGCGCGGCGCAAAGGGAACCGGGCGGCGCGGCGACGCCGUGGGGCCUCCACGAGCUCUACGACGACUUCACGCCCUUCGACGAGGCCGAUUUCUACCCCACCACCUCCUUCUACGCCGAAGGGGAUGAGGAGGAGGAGGAGGAGCUGGAGGAGGACGAGGAGGAAGAGGAGGAAGAUGGCGGCCUGGAGGAUGAGAAUGGCUACAGGCCGCCCGCCUCGGCCGCGCCCCGCGUCCCGCCGCCCCCCAGCCCCACGGAGGGGACCCCCAUGGCGCGGCCGAGGCCCGGGGAGCGCGCGGUCCCGGAGAACAGCAGCGAGUGCCGGAGCGGCUACGUGCGGCACAACAGCUCGUGCCGCUCCGUCUGCGACCUCGUCCCCAGCUACUGCCACAACGGCGGCCAGUGCUACCUGGUGGAGAGCCACGGCGCCUUCUGCAGGUGCAACAUGCAGGACUACACGUGGCACAAGGGGACGCGCUGCGAGGCCAUCGUCACCGACUUCCAGGUGCUGUGCGUGGCCGUGGGCUCGGCCGCGCUGGUGCUGCUGCUGCUCUUCAUGCUCACCGUCUUCUUCGCCAAGAAGCUCUACCUGCUGAAGACGGAGAACAGCAAACUGCGCAAGACCAAAUACCGCACUCCGUCCGAGCUGCACAACGACAACUUCUCGCUGUCCACCAUCGCCGAGGGCUCCCACCCGAACGAUGACUCCAGCGCACCCCACAAGCUGCAGGACCCGCUGAAGCCUGGCCUGAAGGACGAGGAACCGCUCAGCAUCCUCAGUGCCGCGCCGGAGGAGGGCAGCAAGGGCGAGCCAGGGGGCUGCGGGGUGCCCUGCCUGCACAACAACCUGGGGUAGGGCGGGGGGGUGACACAUUUGGGUGGCAUUUGUACAGAGGGUCCCAUUCGUGGCUGCGCCGUGUCGUCGGGUGUUCGCUUUGUGCUCUGUGUCUAUUGCUUGGGUCCGUUCCGCGCUGUGAUUUCUAAACCUUUGCUGUUCCGCCACUGACUUUUUUUGUACUUUUACCCCCCAACACUUUUUUUGAAAUACGAGUGAAAACAACAACAAAAAAAUGGAAGAU